AUAUUUUAAGAAGAACAACUAAACAUGUGCUGUGGUAUUGUGAAAAGUAUAAGGCCCAGACAGACCUUUCUGUAUAUUUUAAUAUUCCUUUGCACCCUGGUAAAGGCCAAACUGCCGAUACUGUUCCCACCGACGGCACCCACAAGAAUACAGUGGAUUUCAGGUAUUGGUAUACCGUUGGACAAUUUACGCUUUGAGGCCAUGACCUCAGGAUAUGUACUCAAGGCUGAAUAUUUCCUACCCGAGACCGUUGAUCAACUGCGAACUAAAAGUCGUCUGCCGCUCACUGCCAGGAGUUUCAAUGGCAAAACGAAGUUCGAAAAUUUCAUUGUGGACGAAAACGCUUUGUCAACAACGAACAACAGCACAAAUCAGCCGGAUUUUGUAAAGCAACGCAAACACAUACGCAGCAGCUAUCGCUGGACGGUGUACAAAGGCCUGGAGGGCUUGGCAACGAGGAUGGGAUUGUCUGGCCGUGAAUGUAUGUUGAAGAGUAUCUGUGAGGCUGCUGAGCGACCUUUUCACAUCUACAAUGGUCUGUUUGGUGAAUUGUUACAUAUUCUAUUGACACCCUCUUCGUCAAAGGAUGAACUGUCGACUCAUUCCGACAAUGCAUAUUUUUAUGCGGAGCAUAUGGGACGUUCUGGAGCCAAAUGUGAUCGGGUGUUUCGACAUUGUCCACGUUCGUUGUUGGACCACUUUUCAGAUUUUCCAACAUUGUCCGACAAUAUUAUGUCAAUAAUUGGUUAGUUAGUACGAAGUGGAAAUUGAAAAAUGGACUGAACAGUAUUUUGUGUAAAUAAUAAAACUAUAAAUAUAAUU